AUGGCCAAAAAAGUAACAUUGUGUGAUUAUGACUAUUUAUUUAAAAUAAUGAUAAUAGGGGAUCCUGGAGUGGGGAAAUCUUCGCUUAUAAAAAGUUUUGUGAAUGAACCAUUCAAAGAAAAUUAUGAACAAAGCAGAGAUUAUGAUUUUAAAAUUAAAAGCAAUAUGUAUAUAGACGAAAAAAAUAUUAAAGUUCAAGUUUGGGAUACUUACACAGAAAGAUUUAGACAAAAUAAAAGGCCAUACAGGGGCUCGCAUGGGGUAUUAAUUUUAUAUGACAUUACAGAUAGGCAAUCAUUUUACAAUGUAAAAAUGUGGCAUUUGGAAAUCCAAAGAUAUGCAUGCGAAAAUUGUAAAGUACUUUUAGUAGGAACAAAAUCAGAUAUACCAGAAAUAUCGGCAUGUGAUCGAAUGGUUACCUAUGAAGAGGGUUUAGAAUGUGCGGAUACCUACGAUAUCCCAUUUAUAGAAUGUUCAGCUAAACAAGGUUACAAUGUAUAUAGUGUUUUUAUGGCUAUGGUUAAAGAAAUUUAUGAAUAUAGACUAGAGAAUGAAGGUCCUUCUCUUCCUCCAUCAAACAAAGUAAAUUUAGUUAGUUUUAAAAAAGCUAAAAAUAAUAAUAAAAAAUGUAUUUUAAAUUAA